AUGGCUGACUUGACAACUUUGAGAAGUCAAAUCAACCAAUGGACCCUAGAUCAAGAUAAUAAAGUAUGAAUAAUGAAAUACCCUAACUUACUUUAGACCUUCGUUAAAUUAGAUCAAAUGAGUACCAAUCUCCUUACAAAAUUUGGAGCUGUGUCAUCCGAUAUCCGAUCAGUUUAACAUUCAGCUAACUCUAUCCAUGCUCAAAUUAAUCAAGCCUUCAAUAAAUUUCUAACUUUGAGUGAUAGUCGUUUUACUGAAUAAGUAUUUUGUUUUAUAGAUCAUCAAAGAGAAUGGCCCCUCCAUAAGAAGCCCCUCCAAAGGCUGCACCUUCAUAAAACAAAGAUGAUGGACUCACUACAGCUCAAAAGUACACAAAAGCUUUAGGCAUGGCAUUAUAAUCACUUGAUUUACAAUAGAUGGCAUAAGAUGGUAUAAAAAUUCUUAAAUUCCCUAGAUGACAUAUUUGAUGACAGAGAUGAUAAAUCAAUCUCUGUCUUCUCUGCAGCUACUACUAGUGGUACUGUGAGUAAGUCUGUUAAAUUGCCUGCCAUGUUUGGCACACCCUAAUUCAACAACAACAAAUUUAUUGGUAAUACUCUAUACAAUACUUAGGUCUUUUUGAUGACUUUGAUGAAGCUCCUAUCUAAGAGCCAGUACGUCAAUCUGCCCCUGCACCAAUAUAUAGAUAAUCUGAAGCACAACCUUAAUAACAAUCUUUCAAUAAUUAAUAGUCUUAAUUGAUUCCACCAUAAAAUCAGUAGCAAAUUAGAUCAUCUAUCAGAUAAGAUUAAUCUUAAAUCUCAUAUACUGGAGACAAUAAUUAAUUUAUUACACGAACAAAUUCUGCUCUAGGAAAUUCAAUGAUGGAUUAAUAAUUCGGGUUUACAAACCCUCAAUAAAAGGCAGAAUUUAAUUUAGCCUUUGCACCACCAUAUCAAUAACCACAAUAACCAGGAGUACAACCACAACCUCCUCUUCAAACUGCUUCACAAACACAGAGACCAACAGUAGUUGAUCCUCCUCCACCUCCACCUCCACCACCUCCUACCUAAUAACCUUAUUACUAAUAACCAUCAAUAUAAUAGCCAAUAUUAUAAUAACCACCUCCUUAAACUCUUUAAGAUUAGCUAAAUUCAAUAAUUUAAAAAAAGAGAGAAGAAAAUCAACCCUAUUAAUAACCAAUUUAGUAAUAAUAACCAUACUAAUCUUAAUAGGAAUAACCACCUGAAUAAAGAAAUUCAUAAUAACCAGUAAAAGUAUUUUAACCACCAAAUGUAAUUGGAGCACCUACUUAUGCAAGAGAAAAAGAUAAAAUAAUGAGUUUGUUUGAUGAAGAUGAUGAUGAUGAUAAUGAUGGUGGGUUAUUUAAAUCUACAACUACAAAUAAAAACAAAUUCAAUAACCUACUAACUGAUGGAGUUGCAAAAUAAGAAUAAAAUUAGAAACCAGUAGCUGUUGUUAUAAAGGAGGAAGAAGAUCAAGAUUUUAGUGUAUAGCCUAGAAUAUCAAGUACUAAGCCUGCUCCUAAAAAAUAGUUAUUUGAUGAAACAGAAGAAGAGACUCUUUAAAAAGCAAAUGCAGAUAAAAUUGCUGCUAUGUAUGCUUAAUAAUAAUAAUAAUAAUAAUAAUAAUAAUAAUAAUAAUAAUAAUAAUAAUAAUAAUAAUAAUAAUAAUAAUAAUAAUAAUAAUAAUAAUAANUAAUCCUAAUUUCUUGA